AUGGGCAAUUCAUUUGGGUGCUCUGCCUCCGGAGAACGACUAGUUUCGGCUGCGAGAGAUGGAGAUUUAAUAGAGGCAAAGAUGCUUUUAGAUUGCAAUCCUUGCCUUGCCAAAUACUCCACCUUUGGUGGCCUCAACUCCCCUCUCCAUUUCGCCGCCGCUAAAGGCCAUAACGAGAUUGUUUCUUUGCUGCUCGAGAAUGGAGCUGAUGUCAAUUCCAGAAAUUACUGUGGGCAGACAGCAUUGAUGCAAGCAUGCCGAUAUGGACAUUGGGAAGUUGUACAAACCCUCCUGCUCUUCAGAUGUAAUGUUACUAGAGCAGACUAUCUUACCGGCCGGACAGCUCUUCAUUUUGCUGCUGUAAAUGGGCAUGUAAGAUGUAUAAGACUUGUUGUGGCUGACUUUGUUCCAAGUGCUUCUUACGAAUCUCUGAAUACUCAGAUAGAUAGCGACAGAAGUGAUGGUGUAAAUGUCAUGAGCAAAAAUGAGCAAAGUGCUCUGUCCAAGUUUGUAAAUAAGGCAGCAGAUUGUGGUAUCACUGCUCUUCAUAUGGCUGCAUUGAAUGGAUAUUUUGAUUGCGUACAACUCCUACUUGAUCUUCAUGCGAAUGUAUCAGCUGUGACAUUUCAUUACGGAACUUCUAUGGAUUUGAUAGGAGCUGGAAGUUCUCCAUUGCACUAUGCUGCUUGUGGGGGUAACUUAAAAUGCUGUCAGAUCCUCCUUGCAAGAGGUGCCAGUAAGACGACUUUGAAUUGCAAUGGGUGGCUUCCUGCUGAUGUUGCCAGAAUGUGGGGGCGCCACUGGCUUGAACCACUGCUAGCACCCAAUUCUGACUCAACAAUACCAUCAUUCUCCCUUUCUAAUUACCUGUCCUUGCCUCUGAUGAGCAUACUGAACAUAGCAAGGGAUUGUGGAUUUAAGUCCGUGACAUCCUCAACAGAUGACACAGAUAUCUGCGCUGUGUGCUUGGAAAGAGCAUGUUCUGUAGCUGCAGAAGGGUGUGGGCAUGAGCUUUGUGUAAGAUGCGCACUCUAUCUUUGCUCAGCAAGCAACAUACCUUCAGAAAUGGCAGGCCCACCCGGGUCCAUUCCAUGCCCCUUUUGUAGACACGGAAUUAUCUCCUUUGUCAAAUUGCCUGGCUCCCCAGCAAAGGAAAAUAAAUUACAGAUGUCACUUGGCCUUUGUACCCCAUGUAUACUUCACCCUCGUGAUCCAGACCAUCUAUCUCCAGCUUGUGCACCAGAGAUCCGAAAGAACCGUGUGGCUUCAGUUUCUUCAGAUAUGCUCUGCCCAGUCACCUGUAGUCCGUUUCCAUCUGUCACCAUUCCUUUGUGCACGUGCAAUGAUGGUCCGUGCCCGCCAUUUGAAUCCCGGGAGGCUGGAACUCAAGAUGAAUUGCCCAGACGACCGCAAGCAACAUCAGUAGACCAGGAUAAAAUGGAAGGGCCGAGACUCGAGAAAACAAGCUGUUCAAGCAUGUUUUGGAGCAGGAGGAGCUGCAGUAGGGAGCAUCAGUGCAAUGCAGAAAUAAAUGCUUAA